AUGCGUCUCCCUUACGUGCCAGACCCUCCGCCUACAGCCACAGAAGACGAGGCAAAGAUUCUGGCGAGUGUACAGGCCCGUCGAGCUCCAAACCCGCUCCUGCCGCUCGACCUCGCACUCUUACACUCUUUCCCGGUCGCCGAGGGAUGGAACUCGUUCAUUGGAGCCAUCCGCACUCGCACAAGCUUAUCAACCGUGGUUCGUGAGCUUGCCAUCUGCCGCGUUGCAGUGGUAAACGGUGCAUUGUUUGAGUGGGAACAGCAUGCGCCAUUGCUCCAGGAAGGUGGGCUGAGUGAGGAAGCGUUGCAGGUUGUUGGGGAUGCCAAGACAGAUUUCUCCGACGAGGCUGCGGAGAAGGCGUUGACUCGAGAGCAGAGGGCGGUGCUGAAGUAUACGGAUGCAAUGACCAAGACCGUGACGGUUCCAGACGAGGUCUUCCAAGAAUUGAAGGGCUGUUUCAAUGAGAAGGAGGUUGUCGAGAUCACAGCCACCGUGGCUGCAUACAAUUGUGUGAGCAGGUUUUUGGUGGCGCUGGAUGUCGGGGAGAAGAACCAUUGA